AUGAUAAAUGUUCUUAUAAGUCCCCUGUUUUUAAUACUUCUACAUUUAUUAGUUUUAACUAUUAUUAAUUCUAAUGGAGUAAAUAACAAAUAUAAAGCAAAUAAAAACAGAAUUUAUCUAAAAAAAUUAGGUAAGUUAAUAAAAAAAAGUUAUCUAAGUAACUUUAAUCAUAAUUUUAAUAGUUUUUCUAAUUCAUUAAAUUAUAAUAUUCAUUAUAAAUGGAAUAAAAAUAGGAGCAAUAAUAUUAAUAAAUUUUACAAUAAUUGGGCACAUUAUGAUAGUAAAAUGAGUAAUGAUUUUAGCUAUUCUCCUAAUAAAGGUGGUAAUAAAGUAUAUAAUAAAUAUAAUAAUAUAAUGGAAAAGACAAAAUGUGUAAAUCAUUUAAAUUUUUUAUUCAUAAAUUACUUUAAUUUCAAAUACUUGAAGAAAUAUAUUUUUAAAAAGAGUGAACUUUUAUGCAAUAAAAAAGAAUUAUUCUUUCAUAAAAGUUAUAAAAAAUAUUAUUCUAAACUUUUUAAUAAAAGAAAAGAAUCCUUGUAUAAUUCACAAAAUUUACUGAGGGAAAAUAAAGAGGAUUCAUGUAUAGCAUGCAACAAUGAGAAAAAUAUUAAUAGUCUUUUUAAGUUAAAACAUGAAGAAGAAUUAAAUGAUGAAAAGAAAAAUAUUGACUUAUAUAUUGAUCAAAUUAAUAGUUUUUUAAAUGUUGAAGAGUAUAAAGACAUUUAUGAUAAGGAAGUGUAUAAUGAAAUUAUAAAACUAUAUGUAGAAAAAAAAAUCCCAGAAAAUUAUGAAAAAAUAUAUUUUUCAGAAGACGUUAAAAAAAGUGUAAUAUUCGAUAUGGAUAAAUAUGAUGAUACAGAAUUUGAAAAAAUUCUUGAAGAAGAAUUUAAGAAUAAUGGUGUUUUUAUAAAUAAUAUUGAUAAAAAAUAUUAUAGUAAAGAAAAUAUAUUAAGAAUAAAAAAAAUAUUAAAUUACUUGCCUUUAUUAAAGUUAAUUAAUAAUCCAUCCGAUUUAAAAAAGCUAAAAGGAAAAUAUUUGCCUUUAUUAGCUCAUGAAUUAAAGAUAUUUUUGUUUUUCGUAAUAAAUAUAACUGGAGGUCAUUUUUCAUCCUCUCUAGGCUUAUUAGAAAUACAGUUAUUAUUAUUAUAUAUUUUUAAUCAACCUGUUGAUGAUGUUGUAUAUGACAUAGGGCAUCAAUCAUAUAUACAUAAAAUUUUAACAGGAAGAAAAUUUUUAUUUUCUUCAUUAAGAAAAAAAAAUGGAAUAAGUGGCUACUUAAGUAUUUUUGAAAGUGUAUAUGACAAAUUUGGAGCUGGUCACAGUUCCACUUCUUUAAGUGCAAUACAAGGAUUUUAUGAAUCGGAUUGGCAAGUAAAUGAUAAAGAAAAACAAAAAAAAAAAAAAGAAGAAAAUCACAAUGAUGGAGCAACGAGUGUAUCAUUUGAAAAAAAGUUACAUAAUAAUGGUGAUAAUUGCAAUAUGACAAAUAUGUUAUGUGAAAUGGAUUUGAGAAGAAACAAUUCUGAUGAUUUAAAUAAAUUUCAUAUUGCUGCCAUUGGUGAUGGUGGCCUAACAGGAGGUAUGGCACUAGAAGCGUUAAAUUAUAUCUCUUUUUUAAAUUCUAAAGUUUUAAUUAUAUAUAAUGAUAAUGGAGAAGUUUCAUUACCUACAAAUACAUUAAGUAUAUCUGGAGUAAGACCCAUUGGUUCCAUUUCUGACCAUUUACAUAGUUUUGUUACAAAUAAAAUAAAAAAUAAAGAUAAUUCGUCGAAUAUAAAAGAAAAUAAUAUUUUUGAAAAUUUAAAUUACGAUUAUAUUGGAUUAAUUGAUGGAAAUAACAUAAAUGAAGUAUAUAAAGUACUAAAUGAUAUAAAAAAAAAAAAAAUUAAAAAGUCUACGAUAUUACAUGUGCAUACUAGAAAGUCUAAUAAAUUUAUUGAUUUAAAAAGUCCAAUUAGCAAAAUGCAUUUUGUAAAGAAAAAUGAAAUUUUUUCUUUUGAUUUGAAUCUUUUAAGUGAUAAUAAUAAAGAAAAUUACAUGAUGAGAAAUACUAAAACCUGUAAUACAGAAGAAAAGAAUGAGGAUAUUAAAAAAAAUUAUGAAACAUGUUAUAAAGAAAAAGAAAAAUUACUUGGAGAAAUGAAUAAUGAAGUGAUAAAAGAAGAUAACAUUGAAUAUGAUGAUAUAGAAUAUGAAGAAAUGUUUGAUAAAAGAACCUUCACUGAUAUAUAUACAGAAGAAAUGUUAAAAUAUCUUAAAAAAGAUCAAAAUAUUAUUUUUAUUUCUCCUGCCAUGUUAGGUGGUUCAGGUCUAGUUAAAAUAGGACAAGUUUAUCCAAAAAAUGUUUAUGAUGUUGGAAUAUCUGAACAACAUGCAGCAACAUUUUCAGCAGCAAUGGCUAUGAAUAAAAAGUUAAAAAUUUAUUUAUGUAUAUAUUCUACAUUUUUACAAAGAGCAUAUGAUCAAAUAAUACAUGAUAUUAAUUUACAAAAAAUACCAUUAAAAGUAGUAUUAGGUAGAAGUGGAUUAGUAGGAGAAGAUGGAGCAACACAUCAAGGAAUUUAUGAUUUAACAUAUUUAGGAGCAUUAAAAAAUGCUUAUAUUAUAUCCCCAAGCAAUAGUGUUGAUUUAAAAAAAACUUUGAAAUUUUCCUACUUAAAUAAUGAUUGUUCUAUGUUUAUUCGUUUGCCUAAAUUAAAUACUUUAAAUAACAAUUAUUUAACAAAAUUUUUAAAUAUAGAUGUUCAAAAAGAAGAAGAUGAUGACAUAAGUAAUUUUAUAGGAAAAGCAAGAAUUAUUAAAAUGAGUUAUCAUAAUUACAAUAACACAAAAAAAAAGAAAGUUAUCAUUUUUAAUAUGGGAAGUAUGCUAUAUAAUGUUGUUAAUGCAUUGAAAGAAAUUGAAAAAGAUAAGAAUUUUUUAAAAUUGUUUUCUUUUUCAAUUGUUGAUAUGAUUUUUUUGAAUCCUUUAGAUAAAAAUAUAAUAGAUUAUGUAGUUAAAGAAAAUAAACAUCACUGCCUUAUUACAUAUGAAGACAAUGUUAUAGGAGGAUUUUCUACACAUUUUAAUAAUUAUUUAGUAGGAAAUAAUUAUAUAAAUAAAUAUAAUUUAUUUGUUCAUAAUAUUUAUUUGCCAAAUGAACCAAUCGAGUGUGCUUCUCAUAAAGAUCAGCAAAUAGCUCUUAAAAUAGAUAAAUAUAAUCUUGCAAAGAGAAUAAAAAGUUAUCUAAAAGAUAAUUUAACAUAA